GUGUGAAUGCAUUGCAGGGGGCGCGCUUGGGAACUCGGUUUGCUUUUUUACUGCGUCUUUCAUUUUUAGCAGCAGGGAGAGAGAGAGGCGCAGACGGGAUAGCGCUCGAAACCACCGUGACCCCGGAACCGAGCAACUUCCGAACAGUCACACAUUCCAGGAGCAUUUGGAGUCGCUGGAAUGAAAUAAACAACGGGGCGGUUCGUUCCUGAGUAUCCGCGUGCACGAUCGACUUUAUCGGGUGGUUAGGUUACUUUCCAUUUUUGAUUGUUGCAGGAAAACUCCACCACCUCGAAUCACAGGCAAGCAAGCCAGGGAAGCAGAAGUAUCUAGUCGUCUCCCGGGUGCUCGUUCUGCAGGCAUGUCGCAGAAAGAAAGACCCACUUUCUAUCGACAGGAGGUCAACAAGACGAUAUGGGAAGUCCCUUUGCGAUAUCAGAACUUGUCUCCCGUCGGCUCUGGUGCAUACGGAACUGUUUGUUCUGCAUAUGAUGAAAAGUCCGGAUUGAAGGUCGCCGUGAAGAAACUGUCAAGGCCAUUUCAGUCCAUCAUCCAUGCCAAGCGGACCUACAGGGAAUUGCGGCUACUCAAGCAUAUGAAACAUGAGAAUGUGAUUGGCCUGCUGGAUGUUUUCACACCUGCCACCUCCCUGGAGGAGUUUAAUGAUGUGUACCUGGUGACUCAUCUUAUGGGCGCUGACCUAAAUAAUAUUGUGAAGUGUCAGAAGCUGACCGAUGAUCAUGUUCAGUUCCUUAUUUACCAGAUCCUGCGAGGGCUUAAGUACAUCCAUUCGGCCGACAUAAUUCACAGGGACUUGAAACCCAGUAAUCUGGCAGUAAAUGAAGACUGUGAACUUAAGGUUAGUCUGUCAUAUUUUUUUCAUAGUUGUUAUACAUUUGCUUGUAAUACUUUAAUUGUUAUUAACAGGAGGGAUGUAUUUUCUUUUUUUUUUGUUUUGUCUCAGAUCCUUGAUUUUGGCCUGGCUAGACACACAGAUGAUGAGAUGACAGGGUAUGUGGCCACAAGGUGGUACCGCGCCCCAGAGAUCAUGCUUAACUGGAUGCACUACAACAUGACAGUGGACAUUUGGUCAGUGGGCUGCAUCAUGGCUGAGCUGUUAACGGGAAGGACUCUGUUCCCUGGCACAGACCACAUCGACCAGUUGAAGCUUAUUAUGCUUCUGGUUGGAACUCCAGGACCUGAGCUGUUAAUGAAAAUAUCAUCGGAGUCUGCUCGUACUUAUAUUAACUCACUUCCUCAGUUGCCCAAGAGGAAUUUUGCUGAUGUAUUUAUUGGGGCUAAUCCUCUAGCUGUGGACCUUCUGGAGAAGAUGCUAGUUUUGGACACAGAUAAGCGUAUCACAGCAGCGGAGGCUCUGGCGCAUACGUACUUUGCCCAGUACCAUGACCCGGAUGAUGAACCUGAGGCAGAGCCUUUCGACCAGACUUUUGAGAGCCAAGAGCUUGAUAUUGAAGAGUGGAAACGUCAAACAUAUGAGGUGGUGAUCAGUUUUGAGCCUCCAGUCUUUGAUGGAGAUGAAAUGGAAUCUUGACAGUUUCUUUGGGAUGGAAAUCAAACCAACUGUACUACUUACCAUACAGUAAUGCUCUAAUUUUGCAGUAUUGUAAUCAGCCACUCAGUAGGAUAUUUGACUUUUCUUUUGCUUUCUUAAUUUUUUUUUUUUUUAAAGUUGUCUACUUGGCCAAACCGAAUGAAUAGAUGCCAUGGAAAAUCAUUGAAUCUCUCCAAAAGAAUAGUCUGAGAAUAAGAAUAUCAUACACUUAUUUUUUUUAACAGUUUGCUCUGGUCGGUUUUAUGAUGUUCAUGUAUGACAUUCAUGCAAGAAGAUUCAAAUGUAAUACCUCCCUGAAAUUUCUUAGUAUUUAGUUGUGCUGUUAGAUUCUUUCUAUGUAUAGUGUAUCGCAUUUGCAGUAUGAGUUUUUUUAAAUGUUCAAGAGAAAACCCUGGUUGAAAAUGUAAAACAUUGUUCAUCUAGUUUGUUUUAAUAUGUAUUGUUUCCCAAUUAAAUAAUGAGCAUUUUAUUUAAUGAUUACAGUACGAUCUUCAUUAAUCAGAUUGAAAAAGAUGAGAUUUGUUGGAGCUUCUUUGGGUAUAGCUUGGAAGAAUAUGUAAAUUGUGGCAUUGGGUAUUAGUAAUAUGUUCAGGCUAUUUGUAAAUAUACCUUUCAUUUAGCUUUUGGAUUCUUUAGUUGUUUUAUUUCUAUUCUGAUAUUUUUCACAUACUUAUGUGUAUGUUUCCUUAGGGGUGAAAGUGUGUGUUUUUGUGUGUGUGUGUGUGUGUGUGUGUGUGUGUGUGUGUGUGUGUGUGUGUCCACCUGAUGUUGCUACUGUGAUUUGUAUGCGAUCUGAAAAUACGAUUUUGUCUCCAGUAGCUGUUUUUAAAAAGCUGUUAACUGAAUGUUCAAAUAUGAAAGUAGAGUAAGUAUUUAUACUGUUGAGGGGUAUUUAUGAACCUGCUAAGUUGCAAUUGUCUUCUUUAUUACCUGACAUAAAAAAAAAACAUUGAAUCAAACACACCAUUGUUUACUUAAAAUAAAGGCCGAUAUUUUUCAGAAA